AUGAUUCUACUAACAAUAAUCGCCCGCGUAGCGGACGGACUUCCGCUGGCUGCGUCCAUCCAGGAGGACGAACAGUCAGGCAGAGACCUGCAGCAGUACCAGAAUCAGGCCAAACAGCUUUGCCGCAAGCUGAACUCUCAGAGUCCAGACCGCUGUACGUUGGAGGCCGGACCGCUGAGCUUCCACUAUUUGAUAGCCCAGGGAGUGUGCUACCUGUCCCUCUGCGAGGCCUCCUUCCCUAAAAAGAUGGUCUUUGCCUACCUCGAAGACCUCCACAACGAGUUCUAUGACCAGCAUGGACGAAGAGUGCCCACCGUGACGCGGCCGUACUCCUUCAUUGAGUUUGACACAUACAUCCAGAAAGCAAAGAAGUCGUACGUGGACAGCAGGGCCCGGAGGAACCUGGGCAGCAUCAACACGGAGCUCCAGGACGUCCAGAGAAUCAUGGUGGCCAACAUCGAAGAAGUUCUGCAAAGAGGGGAAGCCCUUUCCGCUCUGGACACCAAAGCCAGCAACCUGUCCAGCCUGUCCAAAAAGUACCGCAGCGACGCCAAAUACCUCAACACCCGCUCCACCUACGCCAAGGUGGCCGCCGUGGCCGUCGUCCUGGUCACGCUCGUCGUCUACGUGCGCUUCUGGUGGCUCUGA